CCGAUAUAAAACCCCGAAAGGCGAAAACCCUAAAGAGAUAUCAAUUCAGGGGCUGCCCUUAUUCCCCUUCGCCUCGUCCUUGCCCUGAUUUUCAAUCGAACCGCCGGCAUGUCAAACGCCGAGGACGCCGCAACCGCCGGGAGGAUCAUCAAGUUGAAGUGCUCAAACGGCUUCUGCUUCGAAGUGAACGAAGCCAUUGCCAAGGAAUUUAGCGCCUGCAAGAAAUGGUCCAAGAAGGUGCUCGACGACGUCUUAACGCUCAAGAGUGUCUCUCAGCAGCAUCUUGCCACGAUUAUCGCAUUUUGCGCCAAGCAGGUGGAGUUUCGUGAGAGAGCUGCGGACGAAAGCGAGAUGAAUGGAUUCCUCGAGGAGUACAAGAAGGGGCUCAACACAGACGAGCUCUGGGGUCUAACUAAGGCGGUACAUUCCCUCGGCAUCCCUUUUCUGUUCAACAUGCUGAAAUCGCUCAUUGUUGAUCGCUUAAGGGGAAAGAGCGCCGAGUUCAUCCUUACCUUCUUGGGGAUCGGGCGGAAGGUCAAUCUUGAUACUGGCGUGCGCCGAGAAAUUCUUCUGUGGAUGCCCGGCACUCAAUUAGUCGGAUUGAGCCGCGUUUCCGAGUCGGUGAGAUCUCUGAUUGCUAUGCCGGACUUCGUCGAAGCCCAUCUAAAAUGCAUGAAGCAGCAGCUAUCGGCUCAGAAACCCAGUCACGCUGAAAGGGUAUUUGGGAGGAUCAAGAAUUCGUUAACUUCUCGCUUCAACGGAGAGGGGCGUUCAUGCUCGCUGUACUCAAUUUUCGAGGACACCGAAGUUGAGCUUGAUGAAAUUCCGGAGUGUUUUGUCAAAAGCAGGAUUGUGGGAUCGGUAAAUGGGCUGUUGUGUUCUGUUGGAAUGUAUACCGUCCAUAUACGGAGUCCAAAUUCGGGUCAUGUUUUCUCAUUCCGACACUGGGACAUGGAAUUCGAAGCUAAAAGUGGAGAAGACAUUCCAUUUGGCUUUGGAUAUGAUGGUCAGCGUGAUGUUUACAAAGUGUUACAACUAUGCCCACAAGCAUCUAAGGUGAUAGCUCGAGUUUUUGAUUUGAAGACCUGCACCUGGAGGGUGAUUGAUGGUUUUGAUUACGGCAUAAAAGUAAGCAACGAGGUUGGAACUUUUGUUGAUGGGUGUCUUUUCUUCCGAAUGGAUUCUGAAAAAAUCAUUGUCUCAUUCAACCUUUCUACGGAGAAAUUCAACAUCACGCAUCUGCCAAAUCGUUUUAAUGAGAAUAUGGAGUACUGGACAUUAAGGCCCGUGGGUGAAAGCGUUGGUCUCUUUUGUUACGGUGACGGUUUUUGUGUGGGUUGGCUGAUGAAACCUUCAUCAGCGGAAUGGGUGAAGACGUUCACAGUAAAGACAGAUGUGCUCAACUGCAAAUCAACUAGAGCGGUAUAUAUUUCAGAUACAAACAGGAUUCUAUUGCACACGGACCACAACCUUGUUAUCUGUGACACCAAGGAGAACAGGUUUAGGUGCCCUGCCCCAGAUGCUCCCGCCUAUGAUUUUGCUGUCAUCUACUUAGAUACCCUCGUUGUGCUGCCUCAUACGGCGAAGAUUGCAAUGAAGAAAAAAAGAGACUCUAAGGCACGCCAUGAAAGCCGGAUGAAUAAAAUGCUGGAGAAUCUUGGAAUUGAUCGCUCCUUAUCAUCAUAUGAUGCGUUGGCAGAACUUUGCUUGAUGAAAGGCUUGCCGGCACCAUGUUACCUUGCCGAAUUACAACCCUGUGGCGGGUACACAGCUGCAGUGUCUUUGAAGGGCUACCGUACACAAGAGUCAGAAGAGCCACUACGUAAAAAGAAGACAGCUGGUUUAAGUAAAGCACUUGAUUUAGUCGCAGAAGCAAUGUUGGAGUAUAUAGCAUGGGCGGGCAUAUAGCGAUGUAGAAGGCAUGUUUUCAACAUAUGCUGUUUCUGGGUAGACAUGUUCAGGGAUGGAUGUUCAUGACCUCCUUGAUAUUUUACGAGGGCAGAGAAGGUAUCAACUUGAUUUGGCAUGGAAAGGAAGACUAUUAGUAUGUGGUUGGACCAACAUUUGAACUCGAUUUCAGUGUUGAGAAUGUUGAUUCUCUUUCGAGCAUGUAUGAAGCACAACUAUAGAGAAUAUGUUGUUUUGACAUUUGCAGCAUUGGGGAACUUUUUCAGGGGCGAUCCGUUCCGUUUGAACUUGAAGUGAGAAGACAAUUAUUAACGAUAACCAAUGGUUGCAGUCAGAUUAUUGAUGAUAUUUCGCUACGAGUAUCUUUGGAAACCCUUAAUGCAACCGAUUGGUCGUAUUGGACUAUAUGGGACCAAAUCGGUGUUUAGAGUGGAUCACAUCGUAUCGAAGGUAAUUCGGUUUGGUCCUUGCCCCGAUGAGUUUUAUAAGCGUUGGAGAAAAAUGAACUCAAUUGAUGCUUGAUCGUUGC